AUGUCGCGACUAGGAACUCAGCGAACAUUUUACAAGGAUCUGCAACAGCUUUACAAGACCGUUGAGAGUUCAACCGAUGAUCAAGCAGAAAUUCUUGGAAUUGACGAGAUGACGGUCAGACUAGCUCUGAAGCCAAAGACGGGUUAUAAUGCACACGCUGUCUUCACAAUGACAAUUCAAUGCCAAGGCGGGUAUCCAAGAGUGGCACCGAAAGUAACCUUCAAUUCACCCAUCUUUCAUCCGAAUAUCGAUGCAAAACUGGGCUAUAUAUGCUUGAGUCUUCUCAAUGAAUGGCAGUCAUGCUGGAGUUUGCUUGAUGUAGUGAAGGCAAUGCUUUAUCUAAUAGAGCAUCCUAAUUUCGACUCAGGGAAUAACAGCUACGCCCAUGUGGAUGACAUAUCGGAACUGGAAAUAAAAACAAAACGUCUGUUGGCUGGUCUAAAUGUAAACGGUAAUGCUUUCCCAGAAAAUGGGGCUUGGUGCAAGUGGGCAAGAGAAAACAAUUGCCUGCCAACUGAAGAGGACGAGAAAAAGGAGAAUGAAUCUGAGUCAUCAAUGCCGCCUACUUCGAGGACUACAGAGAAUGGCGAAUGUGAUGGAGAAGAUAAUGUCACUCCACGUAUUCCACUACCAAAAACUGAGGUAGAACAUUUUUCAGUUUAUCGCCAACCAAUAGAUUUUCUAAAACUAACCCCUAUCGUGCGUAUUCACUUUCAGGAAAUUGGCCUAGAACAAGAUGAUGAAUAUUCUGUUGCAUCUUCUGAAACCGCACCUUCAUGUGCUAAAAUUCGGUACUCUGUAGAUUUAGAUGAACAAAGUUAUGAAAAGUAUACGCCGAUGUAUGUGAGUAUUGAAACUUCAUCUCAACGCAUUGUUAUCUUGAAUCCCACAGAUAAGCAGGGUGUGCACAAGAAAACCAUCUUUUACUUUCUUGAAACUCUAUGUGCUUCACACCACAAAGAAGAAUUAGGUAAUUUAAGCAGUUACCUCUACAGUGGAGUUAAAUUACGUGAGUAUCAAUCGAAUUCGGACACUUGUCAAACGUCCAGUUCUUGUUGUUGGUAUCCAGUAUAUGACGAUGCAGUCGAUGACUCCUACGUUGAUUACGGAGAAUGCGAAUCUUCCCUGGAUCUUGAGUACUUAUUCAAAAUAAACGAACCCUUCGUGGCACCUGGAUUAACCGGAGAUUUCUGUCCUUGGGCACUUGAAGAUGGCUUAGGAUACAGGGAUAUAUUUGGGGGGUUGUUCUUUGAAAGAGAACGAGGCAAAGCAGAUUCCGAGUGCUUCCUUUUUAAAGAUGAUGAUAGCUAUCAAGGUAGUGAUGGAUUCGGACGCCUUUUCAAUUUCGAGAACUUAGAGGAAGGUGAAGAAAGAGGUGACUAUGGUGAUGAUGCAACUGCUGUGGACACAUUGAAGAUGGAAAUUGAAUCGGAAGUCACAGAGAAUGAUGAAGAAGAUUCCGAGGAUGAGGUUGAAGUGGAGAUUCAUGUACCAGAGAACAUUGUCAGGGAUGAUGCGCAAUCAAUUUCAACAAUGUCAGCAGACACUUAUUAUGAAGAAUAUAGAGAUAAUAGAUUAAUGCACGAAUGCGGCCACUGUAACUACCAUGAUUUCGGUUCUUCUUUGGUCAAUCCUUAUAUAAAGCCACAAUUCUUUUGGCAUUUGCGACGAACGCGGUGGUCAAUACGAUUUGCACCGCAGCAGUCAGUGAAUCUUUCUAUGGAAGGCAUAAAAAUUCCUCCCUGGAGAGUUAGUACAGCACGUCUUCUGUCAGAUAUUUGCCGAUAUUGCAAGGCGAAUGAUUGGGCUGAAAACAUUGCUCUUCUUGAUCCUAUGGCUCUUUCUCCUUUGUCUCCAGUACUUAAUUUAAUGCGCCAUAGGAAUGGACCUAUUCCUCGUGUAGAUGGGAUUCUUUGGCUAACACCGUUUGACGCGAUCUCACCUUUCUAUCGGGUGCCCAUUCCCACUGUGGAGAAUGAGGAAAUGAGUUAUCCACCUGCCUUAACUUUGCGUGUACUUGCAAUUGGCGCUCUCGCAACCAACUGGGUAUCUUGGUUUUCGAGAAUUGAGACUUCAGCUUCACUUGGCAUAACUCGUUUGACGACAGGUCUUUAUGGAAGAUCUAUGGCUGCUUAUGUUCUUCAACCAUUGAGUCUGGGCUGUGGACAAGCUUCCCUAUUGGAACUAUGGCCUCUGUGGCUCCUUCGAAGUGCUCUCAAGGCCUCACUUUCUUUAUCUAAACUUAAUUUCCGAUCUGGUUCACGGAACUGUGAUCUCCACUUCUUUUUCCCAUUUUCUGAUCUUGAUGAGAUUUGA